UGGCCGGCCCAAACCCACCAACCCCACUGUCUCAUCAGUCCUCUCCUACCCCCACCGCCGCCGCCGCCGCCGCCUCCUCCUAGCUCUCACCCGCCGCCGUUUCCUCGCAGGUUCGCGUCACCGAGCCACGGAAUCUUGCAGCCCGUGCCACCCACCACAUCCACUGAUCCAUCCUCUUCCUCCUCGACCCACUUCUCCACACUCCCACCACCACAAGCACACAACGAAUUAGUACAUGCGAGGAGGAGUAGCUAGGUAGAGAGCAGCAUCCAUGGCGGUGGUCAGCGCCGCGCACGGCGCGUUUGGGCCUCUGGUGGGGAAGCUCACGGCCUUGCUCGCCGACGAGUGCGGGCGGCUGAAAGGGGUCCGACGUGAGGUCCAGUCCCUCAGAUCUGAGCUCGCCAGCAUGCACGCCGCGCUCAAGGAGUACACCAAGCUGGAGGACCCAAAUGAGCAAGUCAAGUUUUGGAUUUCGCUGGUCAGGGAGCUGGCCUACGACACCGAGGACGUCUUCGACAAGUUCAUCCACCACCUCGGCGACACCCGAGACCAUGGCGGCUUCAAGGACUUCUUUCGCAAGACUGCCCGCCGUCUCAAGACGCUUGGAGCUAGGCGCGGAAUCGCCGGCGAAAUCGACGACCUUAAGGGUCGCAUCAAGCAGGUGAAAGAGCUCAAGGAUUGUUACAAGCUGAAUGAUGCCCCUGCUAGCUCCACUGGCCCUGCAUCCCUGGAUCCCCGGCUUCAUGCAUUUUUUGCUGAUGAGGCACACCUUGUCGGUGUGGACGGUCCAAGAGACGAUCUUGCCAACUGGAUGUUGGAAGAAAAUAAUUCCUCCAAACACUGCAAGGUGUUGUCGAUUGUUGGGUUUGGUGGAUUGGGCAAGACAACACUGGCAAAUAUGGUCUAUCGCAAGAUUCAAGGGAAAUUUCAGAGUCGGGCUUUUGUAUCAGUCUCGCAAAAACCAGAUAUAAAGAAAACUAUCAAGGACCUGAUCUCUCAAGUGUCAUGCGAAGAUGGAUCCACAAAAGAUUCAAGCGAUUGGGAUGAAAGGAAAUGUAUUGCAAAGCUAAGAGAACUGCUACAAAAUAAAAGGUAUCUUAUCAUUAUAGAUGAUGUAUGGUCUAUAGAAGCCUGGAACGCUAUCAAGUGUGCUUUUCCAGAAAAUAUUUGUUCUAGCAGAAUAAUAGCUACUACACGCAUUGUUGAUGUAGCAAAGUCAUGUUGUCCGAGUGUAGUAGACCGCGUGUUUGAAAUGAAAGCCCUAAGUGAUCUUCACUCCAGAAAAUUAUUUUUGACCAGAAUAUUUGGCUCCGGUAACCAAUGUCCUGAUAUGCUGAAGGAAGUUUCAGAUGCGAUCCUAAACAAGUGUGGAGGCCUACCAUUGGCAAUUGUCACUAUAUCUAGUUUGUUGGCGAACAGAUUAGCAACCAAGGAGGAGUGGGAGAAGGUUAAAAGGGCAAUUGGUUCUGCACUGGAAAGAAAACAGAGUCUAGAGGGAAUGAGUAGAAUACUAUCCCUUAGCUAUAAUGAUCUUCCACUUAAUCUCAAGACAUGUUUGUUGUAUUUCAGUAUAUUCCCCGAGGACUAUUUGAUUGAUAGAAAAAGGUUAGUGAGGCAUUGGAUAGCAGAGGGCUUUAUCUCAGAAGAGCGUGGGCUUAGCAAGCAAGAGGUUGCUGAGAACUACUUUUAUGAGCUUAUCAACAAAAGCAUGGUCCAGCCAGUGGACAUUGAGUAUGACGGCAAGGUUCCUGCCUGCCGAGUCCAUGACAUGAUGCUUGAAAUUAUUAUUUCAAAAUCUGUUGAAGAUAAUUUUGUCACUGUGGUAGGGGGAGGCCAAAAAAGUUUGACAAACCGUCAAGGUUUUAUUCGGCGAUUAUCUGUCCAGCACAUUGACCAGGAGUUGGCAUCUGCAUUGGAAAAAGAAGAUCUAAGCCAUGUUCGGUCUCUAACAGUGACAUCAUCGGUUUUCAUGAAACAUUUUCCCAGUCUUACCAAAUUUGAAGCUUUACGUGUACUGGAUUUUGAAGGCUGCAAGGGUUUGGAGCAGUAUGAUAUGUCCAAUGUGGACAGAUUAUUCCAACUAAAAUACCUCAGCCUUAAGGACACGGGCAUAUCAAAGCUACCGUCAAGCAUUGUGAUGCUACAUGAUCUAGAGAUCCUUGAUCUUAGGACGCCAUCCAUGCAAGAGCUGCCGACUGGAAUUAUUCUGCUCACUAAGCUACAAUAUCUACUCACUAAAGCCUAUUGUAAGGUGCCUAACGGGAUCGGGAAUAUGAGGAGCUUACGGGAAGCCCCAAGAUUCGAUAUUACCAAGAGUUCAUUGGAUGCAGUUGAGGAGCUUGGGAACUUGAGCAGAUUGAAUAAACUCGGUUUAUGCUUGGACGAUGGAGAUGGGUACAAGAGGCAUGAGAAGGUUCUACUCUCCUUGCUAUGCAAGCUUAGCAGCUGCAAACUCCAGUCUUUAUGUAUAAAAAAUAGGAGUUAUGGUUCCCUCGACUUCAUGGACUCAUGGUCCCCUCUGCCAUCCUCCCUUCAGAAAUUAUGCAUUUAUGGUAAAAUGCAUUCAGCGACCGUACCAAAGUGGAUUUCUCCAGGACUCACAAGCCUAUCUCACGUGACCAUCGGAUUAGAUGAAUUAAGGGAGGAGGAUCUGCACACUCUUGGUGAGCUCCCAUCGUUACUUGAUCUACACAUGUACUUGGCUACAGGACCAAAGAAAAAGCUUACGGUAACUGGAUUCCCAUGUCUGAGGAGGUUUGGCCUCCUUAGUCUGGAUGGGGCAUAUAUAACGUUCCAGAAAGGGACUAUGCCAAAGCUUGAGAAGCUUGAGCAAUCAUUUGAUGUGUCAGUGGCGAAAGCUUAUGGCUUCUACUUAGGCAUUGAGCAUCUCCCAUGUCUCAAAGUAAUACAAGUAACGCUUUGUAACGAAGGUGCCACACUUUCAGAAAGCAAGGCUGCAGCUGCUUGGAUCAGGAACGAAGCUGGUGGGCAUCCCAACCAUCCUAUUAUUUUGGGUGUUCAGGCGUUUCUGCAUGACGAGGAUAAUGUAGAGACUGGUAAUGUUGAGGAAAAGAGCAAGGAGGAAGGGAGCUAUUAAAAUGGUUCUCAACUGUAGACUGUAGAGAGCACCACGGCAUCACGGCAUCACCUCCUGCCGCUUGUCCCAGCACCAUAAACUCUCCAGUACAGUCGAGCUCAGUUCACUUGUCCAAAAGUCAAGAUUUAAGCCAUGUACUCCCUCGUUCUUAUAUUAUGAGACAGAGGAAGUAGUGAUCUAAACACUCUUAUAUUUGUUUACAGAGG